UCUCUCGUGCGCCGGAAUUCGGUUUGUUUUGACAACAAUGGCACGGGAGAUCUCCUUGGUAUCGAGCGUCGAUUCGGCGACUAUGUUGUUGCUUUUCCACACGUUUUCAAAGCAGUUAAUGUUGUGUAAUGGGUUACUGAGCUCACACAGGCGAGUUCUGGAUAUAAAAAGGACGCUGGAUGAAAACCUGGAGCGGAGCAGGAGGGAAUAUGAAGCCGCCCGGCGCAGAGCUCGGAGACGGUAUGUGAGGCUGAGAGCCCUGGCGCUGUGUACACGACUCCUCCACCUGCACGGGCUGGAGAGACGAGUGUGGAGGAGAGACAGACCCCAUGGAGAAGUCUUCUGGUCCAAUGUCCUGGCUAACUUCGAUGAUGAGCAGUGGGUGGAUCAUUUCCGCAUGUCCCGGAGCACGUUUGAGUUCCUACUAGGACUGGUCGAGGAGAAACUGAGACGCAAGUCGACCCGCUGGAGGAAAGCCCUGGAGCCGCGGCGCAGGCUGGCCAUCGUGCUGUGGUGGUACGCGACCCCGAGCGAAUAUCGGACCAUCAGCUGUCUCUUCGGUGUAGGACUGUCCACUGUGUGCACUUUAGUGCGUCAGGUCACCUCUGCCCUGAACACUGUCAUCCUUAAACAGUUCAUCACCUUGCCAGAAGGGGAGAUUCUUCAAAACACUCUCAGGGGCUUUGCAGGACGCGGCUACCCCAUGUGUGCCGGGGCGAUCGGUGUGACCCACAUCCCCAUCAGCUCUCCCAGAGAAAACCCAGCUGCUUACUUCAACAACAGAAAGUGGCACUCCAUUAUUCUGCAAGCAGUCGUGGACCACAACAUGUGCUUCACAGACAUAUAUGUUGGCUAUCCGGGUCGCACAAACAACGCAAGAGUGUUGGCUACUUCUCCUCUCUACAAGAAGGCAGAAGAACAAGACGGAUACCUGUUCCCUCGUGAGGACGCCUUGACCGUGAACGGAGUAGAGAUUCCUGUUCAUCUCAUUGGUAAUGCAGCGUACCCGUUAAAGAAGUGGCUGAUGAAGGGCUUCACAGAUGAGCACUCUCUGACUCCUGAACAGCGCCACUUCAACGGCAGGUUAAACUCGGCUUGCACGGUAGCGGAAAACGCUUUCGGGCGUCUUAAAGGUCGUUGGAGGUGCCUGCUGAAACGCAACGACGUCGACGUCGCCUUUAUGCCCGACAUCGUUACAGCCUGCUGUAUUUUGCACAACGUGUGCGAGAUGAACAAGGAGGACUUCCUGCCCGAGUGGACUGCUAAUGCUGACGAAGUCUUACAACAGCCUGACGCGGAUCUUUAUAGAGACACGGUGAUGGACGCCACUCGUGCUAUUCGUGACACAAUGGUGACAAUUGUGUGAGAGCUUGCAGAAAAGCAAACACACACACACACACACACACACUACUGUUAAAGUUAAUAAGCUUUGAAUGUAAACCUGCUCUAAAUUUUUCCACACGCAGCAGAUUGAUUUUUGUCGCCCUACAUCAGGAGUCUUCAUCUGAACUGUCAAGAUGAUCUGAAAUUUAAAAAAUAAAAAAGUAUCAGAAAUGUUCCAAUAUUAGAAA